CCUCGCCGGCCGCGGGGCCGGAAGCCGCUGCCGGAUGCCCUGUGAACCGGGAAGGGCUCGGUUUGAAUGAGAUCCGGCUGAUUCACCGCGGCCCGGCCGGCUCCGGCCCAGACAGAGGGAAACAAUCAAAAUACCUUUUGCCAACUUUGGAAGGAAAAGAGGAAAGAGACCUACUGGUGUCAUCUUUACAGUCAAAAAAGUGGGAGCUGCUGCCAAGUUUGUUCUGUGAGCACCUCUUGCUAAGCACCAGAAAUAUGGAUAGACUUCUGCGACUGGGAGGAGGUAUGCCUGGGCUGGGACAGGGGCCACCAACAGAUGCUCCUGCAGUCGAUACAGCAGAACAGGUUUAUAUCUCUUCACUUGCACUGCUGAAAAUGUUGAAGCAUGGUCGUGCUGGUGUCCCUAUGGAAGUUAUGGGUCUGAUGCUUGGGGAAUUUGUUGAUGAUUAUACUGUGAGAGUGAUUGAUGUUUUUGCAAUGCCACAGUCCGGAACGGGUGUCAGUGUGGAGGCAGUUGAUCCUGUAUUUCAAGCAAAAAUGUUGGAUAUGCUGAAACAGACGGGAAGACCUGAGAUGGUAGUUGGUUGGUAUCAUAGCCAUCCUGGCUUUGGCUGUUGGCUGUCUGGUGUAGAUAUCAAUACUCAGCAGAGCUUUGAAGCCUUGUCAGAAAGAGCUGUUGCUGUGGUGGUGGAUCCCAUUCAGAGUGUAAAAGGAAAGGUUGUUAUUGAUGCCUUCAGAUUGAUCAAUGCUAAUAUGAUGGUCUUAGGACAUGAACCACGACAAACAACUUCAAAUCUGGGUCACCUAAACAAGCCAUCUAUCCAGGCACUAAUCCAUGGACUAAACAGACAUUACUAUUCCAUCACCAUCAACUACAGGAAGAAUGAACUAGAACAGAAGAUGCUGCUAAAUUUGCAUAAGAAGAGUUGGAUGGAAGGUUUGACACUUCAGGACUACAGUGAACAUUGCAAACUCAAUGAAACAGUAGUGAAGGAGAUGUUAGAAUUAGCUAAGAAUUAUAACAAGGCUGUUGAAGAAGAAGAUAAGAUGACACCUGAACAGCUGGCAAUAAAAAAUGUUGGCAAGCAGGACCCUAAACGUCAUUUAGAAGAGCAUGUGGAUGUGCUGAUGACUUCAAACAUUGUCCAGUGUUUAGCUGCUAUGUUGGAUACAGUUGUAUUUAAAUAACUGAUUUACCAUUGGUGAUACUUUCUGUGUAUAUUUGUUUAUUGUUUCUAAUACAAAACAGAGACUGUUGAGGUUCUAUUUGAUUAAACGGAGACAUCUGACUUCAUUUGCAGUGUAAGUGCAGCACUAUAACACCUCUCAGUCUCUAAUUGUGCAUUUGCUUCAGUUUCUUUAUGUCAGGGUCCUCACAGAUUCCAAAGCAUUCAAGAACACAAUGUGGGGAAAAAUGGAGUACGUUUUCAUUUAAUAUUUUGGGGGGGGGAAAUCAGUAGUACAUAUAUAUUUUGAUUGUUGCAACAUAAUAAAAAUACAUUUACAAAUCUGU